GGGCUGCAGCUCUGACAGAUGAGGGUAUGAACCAGAGCACAGCAGCACUUGUUGCUCUGAACAACUAUCGGGACUGCUCCUCUGCUGCCUGCCUUUUCUUAAUUAUUGUUAAUUGCCUGCAACUUGUUUUCUCCACUCCUUUCGAGCUGUAUCAUUACAAGUGAUGUUUUAAGAGCUUUGUGGGAGCGGUUCCGAAGGGAAACUCGCACGCCCUGCAGUUGGAACCUCCUUUUGCCACUUAAUAUCAAGAGAUCAGCUGGUAGCCUUGGGGGUGAAAAAUGACAGACUCUGUUGCUGCUAAUGGGGAAGGAAAGGACCCUGAAAUCGAGCUCUUUGUGAAGGCUGGUAUAGAUGGAGAAAGCAUUGGGAACUGCCCAUUCUCCCAGCGUCUAUUCAUGAUCCUGUGGCUCAAAGGAGUUGUGUUCAAUGUCACCACUGUUGAUCUGAAAAGAAAGCCAGCUGACCUGCACAAUCUGGCUCCUGGGACCCACCCACCUUUCCUGACAUUUAAUGGAGAAGUCAAGACAGAUGUUAACAAGAUUGAGGAAUUCUUGGAAGAGAUUCUUGCACCUCCAAAGUAUCCCAAGCUGGCUGCUAAGCACCGGGAAUCAAACACUGCUGGAAUCGAUAUAUUUUCCAAAUUUUCUGCGUACAUCAAAAACACCAAGCAGCAAGAUAAUGCUACGCUUGAAAGGGGCUUGGUGAAGGCUCUGAAGAAGCUGGAUGACUACCUGAGAACUCCCCUGCCAGAGGAGAUUGAUGCAGACAGCACUGAAGAGGAAAAAGUGUCUAAACGCAAGUUUCUGGAUGGAGAUGAACUGACACUUGCUGACUGCAACCUUCUGCCCAAACUCCACGUUGUGAAGAUUGUUGCAAAGAAAUACCGCAACUUCGAGUUCCCGGCGGAGAUGACGGGGCUGUGGCGGUACCUGAAGAACGCGUACACCAGGGAUGAGUUCACCAACACCUGUGCAGCAGACAAAGAAAUUGAGCAAGCCUAUGCAGAUGUGGCCAAGAGGCUCAGCAAGUCCUAAGUGCCCCCAGCCAUGGUUCAGUAUCCCCUUUUACAGACUCUGCUCCUUGUUGCCUUAAGAUGUACUUUAUCGUUAUGCUGUCUGGUUGGCAUCUUUAUGACUUCACAUGUUCCAAGUGUAUUGGGCAGGGACAAAUCUGCCUCUCCCUGGAGAAAAGAGAAGGCAGCUGUAGUGGGGGGGGUGGUGAGAGGGGGAUGGGGGGUGGGGGUGGACACCCUUUGAAGUCUAACCCAAGAUCUGGCUCAACUAGUAUUAUUUGCAAUCAGUAUUGGAAAUGAGUCUGCUUGACUAGUUUCUUGUUCUAUGUUGGGGGUACAUCAUGAUCUGCAUUCUUUAGAGUUUUAAAAAUAGCUGAAAUUUCAGGUAAGAGAGUUAGGAACACAGAGAACUGGUUCCUCUCUAGGUUAUUUCAAGGACAUUUUCCUUCAGUUCUAUUAAGAUCCCUGAGGCAUGAACAAAAUUCAAGAGAGAGAGAGGGGAAAAUAGGAGUUUGACCCUAAAGCAGAAAUGCUCUUAGCAGUUAUAUUUAAAUAAACUCUCUGAAUGCAUCUUCUGUCUUAGCAGGCCCAGGAGUUUAUAGGGUAUUUAUUUUUAACUUGGCGCAAGAGGGGGAAGCCUGAGUGAAUAUGUCAGACUUGCAGAUGCUACUCUGCAUAAAAUUUGCAUGAUGGUUGUUGGAUCUAAAUGUUUAAAGCAGAAGAAAUUAAAAGAGCAAUUGAGCAGGCAGCCCUUGGAAGGGCAGGGCCUGUGCCAAAAUGCCCAGUGGAUCUGCUGGUUGGUAGAGACAGACAGGCACAGCAAUAACAGGGGCAGCAGAUUGACUCCAGCACCCACAGAGGGAAUUGGCACAGCAAACCAGACCACGCAGGAUAUUGUCGUCUUGACUGGAUGGUUGCCAGUUCCUUUAUAAUUGCUAUCUUGGGAAACUUGGAUCAGCAGAGGGAAGCUGUCGCUGCACACGGAUUCCAGGCAGGGGAAGCUCCAGAUGGGUCACUUUCAAGCACUCAUCAUCUCACCCCAGGAGGAGUUUGCUGUGAGAGCCUCAAAGAGGGCAGGCUGGCACAGUGAGGGGCACAUUUCCAGCCAGGAAUUCAGCAAGUCUGCUAGCAGAAAUCCAUGCAUGGUGCCUCAAUCCCACUCAUCCAGACCUUACCCAUCCAGGUUCCACAAUUUUGAAUCAGGUGUUUUUUCCUCAAAGAGAUUAUUUUGCCCUGUCUUCAGUGCCUGCCUGGCACAUCUGCUUUAUACUGGUGAUUAUUUGCACGUUUCUUCAGCAAAUUCAGAAUGACAGCUCUUUCACUUGAAGCUCAUGUGUUCCAGUACGUACAGGAGAGCACAUGGUUCAUGGGUUUCAGUUUGUGGGGGGAUUUAUUGCUGUUUUAAAAGAUAAAAUAAAGCUGAGCUGUAACCUGAUGUAGCUCCCCUUCUGAUCAAAGUUGCUAAAGCUGCACUGAUUUGAAGGGAACCCCAAGCUGGUGAGCUGUGACCGAGGGGAGCCUGCUGCAAACAGCAGACUUGUUUGCAGCCAGAGAGCUGGGAAAGUGGAACAACAUUGAAAGCCAGGCUCUGCCAUGUGAUGCUGAUGACAAUCUGAAACCAUCCUUUUGCUUUAGUGGGAUAAUUCCACUUUUCACACUAACCCAGCCGAUAGCAGAUUGUUGCUCAUUGACUGAAGAGAGUUUGUGGUUGACUAUUGUUUCACAUGCAAUGGUCAAUUUGUUCUGAACUUUCAAAACCUUGGAAGAAAAUCCAUUAACUCCCAAGUCUUCUCCUAGAAUGGGCUAUUUUAGCAGUGGCUAGACUGGAGGGCAAAGGCUUGCACUCCUUAAAAUAUUGCUAAGAAAUCAGCUGGCUCAGAGAACACUAAUAGCAGCCAGAAAAAUCCAAUGAGAUUAGAAGUAUCUGUACAAGCACAUGUGGCUUGUUAAAAAUAUUUCUUCAUGAGAUUUGAGUUAGUGUGAUAUUAUUUUCUUUUUUUUUUUUUUUUUAAAAUUCUGGUAUUUAUUUAUUUAUUUAUGUAAUUGACUCGAUCCUUUCUUUCUGUCUUUCUAGUUUUUGUUUUCACUCAACACUUAAGUCAGGAUGGCUCAGUCAGUUUAGAAAAGUGUUAUUAGCAAAGCUCUGCAAGUUUGUUCCUAGAGAAAAGGCUUCUAUCUGAUCAAUGGUCCUGGGGAUUUUUUACUCUCAGUAUGAUCCUGUCAAUCAACCAAAACUACAUUUUUCUCAUUUGCCUUUUCCCAGGUUUGCACUUCAGUCAGUAGCUUUCCUUAGUCACAGUUGCUGUGAAUAUUUGAAUGAAAGACGCAGAGGCAGGUUCUUGCCCUCUGCUUACUAUAUUUAUGUCCUAAAAGAAGUCUGUCCAAACAUGCAGCAAAUCUCAGGCAGAUGAACCAGGAUCUGCCCUGAUUUUAAUCUCAGAAUCAUCUCCAUUUUGCUAAAUCUCGUAGUUCUGAAAUUCUCUUAUAUGUUUGUCUCUAUUUUUAUAGAAGAUGGCCAAGUCACAAUCAGUUGAUUUCAGUGACCUCAAAUUGCAUCUGGUUUAAAAAAAAAAAAAAAGUUUUAAAAUAGUUGGGCUCAUAUCAAAAAGAAAAUUAUCUAGAAAUGCAAGGAGAUUUUUCUGAGAUGAUUUGAAUAUUCUUAAAAAAAAUUUAAGAUUUCAUAAUAAAAUUUAAGUCCCCAGGCUAAUUUCCUUUCAAUAAAUCCUUAAAUAUAUUCAUUUUUCAUACAGUAUUCCAAAAUAUCUAGAUAAAAUAUAAUUAUGGAUAUGAGAAAUUAGAGGAAAAUGCAGCAGUUUUCAGCUAGAGUGCCGGUUCUGUCUGAAUUCAAGUCUCACUCUGCAUUCUGACUUUGCAUUUUCCUCAUAACUCUAUUAUAGGCUGAUCCAAGAUCAUGGACAGGUUCAGGCAUUCCCUGACCUUUUUUUGGGUUUGAAAUCCAAGCUUAUGUUUUCAGAUCUGUAACUUUUACUCACCUUUGUGCUUCUUGGCUUUAUCCAUUGCCAGAAGCAGGAAAUACUGGAAAUCCUACAUAGAAAAGUGUUUUGCUAAGUUUUUGAGCUCAGUUCUCAAGGUUCAGGAUCCAUCACCAACGAGAUUGUAAAGGGCUCCAGAUUCUUUUAGGUGGAGUAUUUUUGGUGACCUUCCAUUGUAUUUAGAAUUAUAAGUAAUAAAUACUAAUCUUAAAGGAUUGUAUAUCUACAUUGGCAAGGCAGCAUUUCUAAAAAGAAUCUAAGUGACAAGACAGACAUUGCAGAUUUACAAUAACUUUGUUAAUAAAUUUUUUUGUAAGAUGUAAAGAAAGACAUAGUGCAGAGAGGGAAGAAGCCAACAAUGUGGAUUUAAUCAUCUACAUUUCAGAAAUGCAGACCAAAUGUCUGUGAAGAUGUCCAUUUCAUCCAAACAUUUCUUAGAUAUUUAUUUCAAAGCUCCCUGCUCAGUCAUUCCAACACUCCAUUCAUAUUGUAAGGAAUAUUGAUUUUUCUUCUAUUAGCAGUGGUAUGGGAGUUCUUGAGAAUCCCACAGAUUAGUUACCCUUAUUCUCUGUUAGACCUGUUUGAAUUGCCAAGAGGUCAUUUUGCAGCACAGGUAGGACUUCAGAGUAUCUCCUUAAAGUCUAUUUAAAUCAGAAACAUUUUUCCCUAUAGAAAUCACAUAAUGAUAUUGCUUUAUCAGGUCUAGUGUGGAAUAUAGAACUAUGGUUACUCCUCUGGUUGCACUAGCUGAAAAGCCACUGCCAGGGCGAAUGACAGUCUAUAGCACAAAGAAAAUAGACAACUUUGUUUCCUACAAGAAAGUUCAGUCGAAUUGCAUGUACUAUUUAUUUUAAAGAUAUAUUUAUUUUAUUUUAACCCCUAAACACCUUUCUCCCUCUCUCGUCUGUGCUCAAAUUCAGCUCCAAGUUAACCAUAACCAUUUCCUCAGUGGUAAGUAGCAGGAUUCUCAUGGAUGGGCACAGGGGAAACUGUGUAGCCCUUCCAUCUGGUAGGAUGAAGCCCCUUGUCUUCAUCAUCUGGGUUUGGCUAAUUAGCUGAGUUGAAAGCAUUGCAAAAAUUUAGCCCAUGGAAAUCACACUCCUGUAAAACCAGAAGCCCAUGGAAGCAUUAUUUUUUUAAAAAAUGAAUUGAUGUUUUAAAGAAAAAAUAACCCCUAAGUCUUGUGUCCUCCUUAAUGUGUAUUCUUUUAAGCAUCAGGAAAUUUGCCUUUGCUUAUUACUUUUCUAAAUGUAUUCAUUAUUCUUGAAUUGUUUUUGAUAUUAAGAAAUAUUUUCCUGGUAAGAUUCUGCCUCUCUGCUGAAUCUUUCAUCUAUUCAUUAAUUUUUGAUGUCUGCAAUGACUUAGUAAUUCCAGAGGAGGCAGGAAAGCUGUGAGGUUUAUACUUGUUGAGAAGCUGAAGGAGGUAAUGAUUUUUUUUUUUUUUUUGAGAAAACAGCAUUAAAAUAAUUUUUUAAAUUGUGUCUUUUCACCUGGGAUACUUUAACCAAGAGUUAAGUAACUGUUUAGUCUGGACUGUGAAUUUCAGCACAGACAUGAGCAAGGCAGCGUGUUGAAGGUGGCUUUGCCUAGGGGUUUCUCUCAGACAGUAGACAUGUUCCCUCUGAGUCACAGAUUCCCCAUUUCCUCCUUUCAGGAGGGCUGUGCUGGUUUGGACACUGAACUAGGACAGCCCAUUCAGUGCUCAGCAGUGAAAAGAGGAGUCCUGUUCCCUUUUCUCCCCUUCCAGCUCAGGUGCAGAGAAUGUUAAGCUGUUUUAUUUCCUUGUCCCACAUUCUAACAACACUUGGUCACAGAAAAGCUGAGAAACCCCACCCAAUUCUGUUUUCCAGAGGUUGAUAAGUGCAUUUUUAAACACGUGACAUAAAAGCCAGAAGAAUCCCGUGUAACCCCUCAGGCAUUCCCCACGCAGGACUCAGCAGCCUCUCAGAGACCACAUCAAUCAUCUUAUUCCCCCGUUUCCCCAGCUGAUUCCCCUUUCACCAUUCACUGGAGGGAUGCUAAUCCUGAAAACACUCCCAAGGAUGCGUUUGAAUGUGGUGGAUUUGAGCUCUGCUCAUCAGCUAAGCAGCUCUGAAUGGUGGCAUUGUCACAGCUCAGCAGGUCGUGCCAAGGGGACCCAGCACCCUCUGGAGAAGCUGAAACUGCUCCAUCAGUGAUGGUGCAACCAUGAUGAAAGGUUUGAGGGCCACCUUUCCUCCAGCCUGCCUCCCUGGCUGAAGUGUUAGAGCUCAGCUGGAGCCAUGAUCCAGCGCUAAUGAGCAUUUCUAGCUUGCAGCAUGUGAAUAGGGACUACUGAUGUGUUUAAUGUUAAACAUGUGCCUGCCUGCCUGCCUGCCUGGAGAGGGGCCUAAAAGCCAUGACAGAAAAGUCUAUACUAAUGAAGGGCAUUAUUACUCUCUUCCCUUUGAAAUCUGGUGGCAGAAUUCCCAGUGGGGGAAUUCCCAAUAGGAAUUCCCAGUAAAGCCAAAGGUGGCAUAAGCAUGAAGAUGCUUUGAGUGCAGAGAGAACAGAGAGCACUCAGGGAGAAGAGGAGGCAGAGUGGUGUAAAGGUUCUUUGUGCAGAAGGAUGCCAGGUGGUAACUGCAGGGACACGGGCAGUGCUGCCAGGCUCUGCUCGGGUCCCGUGGGGGGAUCAGAGUGCAGCAGGCCCAGGCUCUGCUGGCAGUGAAAUGCCAAGGCGUGUUCUGCUGUAUCUCCAGCUGUAUCUCCCUGUGGUGGCGUCCCACAGAACAACGAUGCCUCCAUUGUGGCUGCCUCACUCUUAUUAUGAAGUGGCUUGUCUAAAGAAAACUAAGAAGGGUGGGGAUUUUUUUUUUUUUUUACAUAUACAUGGAGUAAAAACAAUCCAAAUAUGCUUUAAUGGUUCUCAACAUGAUACUGUCAAUUCUCACCACAGGGUGGAAUUUGUUGGUGGAAAUUAAAUUAAAUUAAAACAGAAGAGUUUGGCUAUUGCUAAUGGGUACUACUGGGAGCCCUAAAAGCAGUUUGCAGUGUAGAACCAUAACAGCAGUGAACAUCCUUUAAUUCCCAGAAUUGCUUGGGUUUCACAGGGUCAUUUUGGCCUAUUCUGCUGCACUGCUGAGAAGUUGCUCUUUCCCUGUCUCUCUAGGUCCAUAAAGUCUGAAGAAUUUGGGAAAUGGCUACGGGCACCAAAUUAGUCUUUUUCUUUCUCACUCUUUUUUUUUUUUUUUUUUUCCUCCUUCAUUAAAUUAACUACUUUAGUUUGGAAGUUAGCAAUAAGUCAGUAGAAUUUGCAAACAACAGAUUUCUCUACUCUUUCAUUAAGAAAGUUUUAAAGAGCUUUCAGGAAAUGAGAGGUUAUCCCCUGUGUUGGGAAUAAACUGUGGUAUAAAAUACAAAUAUAAGUGGGAUUCUGAUUAAAUUAUUGAAGCAGAAAGAUUGCAGGUUUUUUUAAGGAGCAUGCUUAGGAGUAAAUGAACAGAAUAGUCCAGAUACUGUAGUAGGAGCUUCAGUUCUAAUUUCUGGUUUGGGUUUUGUGUUAGGUUUUUUUUUUUUUUUUUUUUUAAUAGUUACCUGUUAAACAACAUAAAAUCUAUAUAUACACUUACAGAUAUAUAUAUAUAUUCAGAAUAUUUAUAUGCAUUAUUUAAUUCAAUAAUGCUGUGAAGUUUGUUGGGAUGGAAAGUGGCAUAAAGAGGAAAACUUACACAUUUGAAACAGCACUAUUAUUUCUGUGUCUUUGAUUUGGUUCCCACUGGAAUAAACAAGAACCACACAUUAGUUGUGUGGAAGCAGGAUUUCAACUUCACAGACCCCGAAAGUUUGGCAGUCCCUUGGAGGCCAAGGUAAUUUGGUAUUUAGCAAUCCGAGCCUUGCGGUGGGCACAGUGCGUUUUGAAGGCAUUCAGAGCCGUCCUUGGGUGAGGGAGUGAUGCUUGCAGAGGACCCCAGUGAAUCCCUGCUGUUUUAAAAUGAGAUUAAGCCAUCAUGAGAUGUGGACUGGCUAACCCCAAACCAGGCGCGUUCGCCUGCAGCGCAGCCGCUAAAUUGUUCUGACAUCAGGAACCGCAGCGAGGGAGCUUGGCCUCAGAAGUGAGUCAAAGCAGCAUCUUUGUCACCAGUCAUUUUCUAUUUAUAAUGACACAGAUCUAUUUUAUAAUCACGGGGAGGCACAACAGGAGUGUGCUUUGUUCUGCCUAAAUCGCAUUUCUCGUGCGGGUGCGUUUAAACACAGCCCUUGGCCCCUUGCCCCACACCACACACACCCAGGGCGGGCAGUUCUGGCACAACAAUGCACACCCUGUCAUGCUUGAAUGCUCAAAGCCUCCAGUGCUGGAGCAAUAAACUCCUGCUAAAUGGCUUAAAAAUGCUCCCUUAAGUGCACCGAGCUGCCCCGCUGCUGCCUCACUUCUCAUUUCCAAUGAUGUUGCGUUUCUAAGCCUUGUGUUUCAAAGAAGCCAGGAGUAUGUCGAGUUGUUUAGUGAUGGAAAUUGCAGGGCAUUAUUAACUGUAAGAAUUUAAGAUGAAAAACCCCACUCCCCAACCCAACCCUGGUGCAAACCUGACAGCUUUUACUCCUGCCUGCGUUUUCAGAGGCUAUGAACAAAUUUCCAACAUCUGCUUGGUUUGGUUCCUGGAGAACUGGUCCUCAUCUGUGCAAACCCUCAGCACUAUGAUGGUAACACCCUCUUUGCUGCCUUUUUUUUUUUUUUUUCCUAAUGAAGGGUCCUGCUGUGUAUUUCCUAGAAAAUUAUGAUUUUGUGAUCAAUAGAUUUCUUUUUGUAACGUGUUUUCAGUUCUAAAGCCUGAAGAUCAAAACCAAGUUGCAUAGUAAGACUUGGGGUUGAGCAGAGUGCUUUUUUCCUCUCCAAAACCAUCAUUUUUCAAAUCCUGACUAAUUUAGAGCACAAUUCUGGUUACUUUGAGGAGGUCUGAGGUUGAAGGAGAGGAAGGGGAGCCCAUUGAGAGAGGCUAGCAGGAACCAGUCUCUGUAAGUCUUCAUAGAUACGUGGACAAGUUUCCUAUCAGUGUGUGAGUAACCUGUGCAGAGACCUGCAUGGCCCCAGUGGACCCACAGUUGCUUAAAACCUGCACUGAUAUUCAAAGACAAAAUUUGGGCUGUGAACCAUGACAUGAUGAUCAGACAUGAUACCUCUUCAGGGCAUUAUACCGGCAAAAAAGAGCUCAUUUGAAAGGACACUCAAAUUUUUAGCUACAGGUCAAGACCUGAGUUUACAUGACUCGAUCUUCUCCUCCAGAAUGUCAUUAAUCCUAGAAAUGGCUAAUGGCUUCAGGACUCCCACCUGAAGUACUGGGCUAAAAGCAAGAUCUGAAACUCAUAUGGAGAAAUCAGGAAUUACCUUCAAACUCAGACCGGGUAAGCUUCAAAGGAAAGUAAUUUAUUUGUAAACAACUAUUUUGUAGUAUCUGACAGCGAAAAGUAACUGUGUAUCCAGAGGUCUUCAUCAGAUAAGAAAGCAAGCCAGGAUCCCUUUGUGUACUUGUGUUUUUCAGUCAAGGAGCAUCCUCUCUUAAUGUGCAAUUUUAGAUUAAAGUGCAACCUCUUUGGGUAGGAACUCUGUAUUUGUUCUCUGCAUGUGCAGCUCUUUACAUGACAAGACUAUGAUUAGGGCCUUUGUGUGCUGCUCUAACCCUCAUAACCCGUAACAAUAGGAAAAAUAUAAUUAAAAUGUCAUUGCAGUUCACCUUUAUUAUUAUGAUUGUGAGACUCUGUCAACUGUGAAUAAAAUAAUGUCCUUUUUGUAUAAUAGGUAGUAUAUUUUAUUAUUGAAGAAAGAGUUAAAUUUAAUUUUUAAACACAAAAAUAUUAUCUGCUCAUUGUUUCAUUUUAAGCUUUUGAAUAUAUAAGCAAAUAUUUAUUUUUUAUCCUUCAAAUGAGUAUGUGUUAAAUGAAGAAACCCACCUUCCUGAAUUGGAGCUGUUUAUAAUUAUAUUCCAAGAGUGAUUAACACCUUAUAAUUUGAAUAAAAGUGGUUUAUUUUCUCA